UCCGGUUCCGGCCGCUGCUGCCGCUGGCGGGCGGCGAGUCUGGAGUGAGCGCACAGUUCGCGCUCCGGCUCGGCGCCUUCCUAUCUCCCCACUCUGGGCUUCUGCAGCUCGGGGGCCUGCGCUGCCCCGACUUCCCUUCUGGGCGAUGGUGCAGCCCGAGGGCGCCUCCAUCCCCCGCCGCCGCUGAUCGGUCCCUCACUCCAUGGCCGCCUCGGCGCCGCCCCCACCGGACAAGCUGGAGGGAGGUGGCGGCCCCGCACCGCCCCCUGCGCCGCCCAGCACCGGGAGGAAGCAGGGCAAGGCCGGUCUGCAAAUGAAGAGCCCAGAAAAGAAACGAAGAAAGUCAAAUACUCAGGGCCCUGCAUACUCACAUCUGACGGAGUUUGCGCCACCCCCGACUCCCAUGGUGGAUCACCUGGUUGCAUCCAACCCUUUUGAGGAUGACUUCGGAGCUCCUAAGGUGGGGGGCGCAGCCCCUCCAUUCCUUGGCAGCCCUGUGCCCUUUGGAGGUUUCCGUGUACAGGGGGGCAUGGCAGGCCAGGUUCCCCCAGGUUAUGGCACUGGAGGUGGAGGGGGUCCCCAGCCACUUCGUCGACAGCCUCCUCCUUUCCCUCCCAAUCCCAUGGGCCCUGCUUUCAACUUGCCCCCCCAGGGCCCUGGCUACCCACCCCCAGGCAACAUGAACUUUCCUAGCCAACCCUUCAACCAGCCUCUGGGUCAGAACUUCAGUCCUCCUGGUGGGCAGAUGAUGCCAGGCCCAGUGGGAGGAUUUGGUCCCAUGAUCUCACCCACCAUGGGACAGCCUCCAAGAGGGGAGCUGGGGCCCCCUUCUCUCCCCCAACGAUUUGCCCAGCCAGGGGCUCCUUUUGGCCCUUCUCCUCUCCAGAGACCUGGUCAGGGGCUCCCCAGCCUGCCCCCCAACACAAGUCCCUUUCCUGGUCCAGACCCUGGCUUUCCUGGCCCUGGUGGCGAGGAUGGGGGGAAGCCCUUAAAUCCAUCUGCUCCCACUGCUUUUCCCCAGGAACCCCACUCAGGCUCCCCAGCUGCUGCUGUCAAUGGGAACCAGCCCAGUUUCCCCCCAAACAGCAGCGGGCGGGGUGGGGGCACUCCAGAUGUCAACAGCCUGGCACCCCCUGGCAAGGCAGGCGGGGGCUCGGGGCCCCAGCCUCCCCCCGGCCUGGUGUACCCAUGUGGUGCCUGUCGGAGUGAGGUGAAUGACGACCAGGAUGCCAUUCUGUGUGAGGCCUCCUGCCAGAAGUGGUUCCACCGCGAGUGCACGGGCAUGACUGAGAGUGCCUACGGGCUGCUAACCACCGAGGCCUCUGCAGUCUGGGCCUGUGAUCUCUGCCUCAAGACCAAGGAGAUCCAGUCUGUCUACAUCCGUGAGGGCAUGGGGCAGCUGGUGGCUGCUAAUGACGGGUGACACUGGCAAGGUGGCCCAGGGAAGUGCGUAUGUCUCCCUGCUCUUCCAGGGUGAUUGUUUCCAAGUCUGGCUCUUGGUCCUUGUUUGUGCUGGCUUUCCAUCCCCAUGGGGCAGAAACACAACGGCUCCUGGGGCUGAAAAGGAAUUGAGGCGGGCAGGCAGAAGAGCCUGGAUUGCUCGCUUUGUGGGAAACUUACGUGUGGAGAUCUGCAGAGAUCCAGGAAACCAAAGCCCUGCUGAGCAGAGCCAUUUUUUGUGUGGCUGUCUCUGGAGGCCUAGGAGUGUGGCUGUAAGAGAAGAGGGGUGGGCUGGAGGAAGAUCCGGAGGGCAGGGGCGGCCCCUCUGCAGAUGAAGGAUGCCCCUAACACCUGUGCCUGACAGCCCUACAUAGCCCCGCAGUCCCAGCCUUAGUUUUUGAAGUCAAGGCUUAAAGGUUUUCAGCCAGAGGAAUUGGGGUCUCUUGUCAUCCCUGCAAUAGCCUUUUUAUGGGCUCUUGGAGACAGCUUUAGGGAAUAAAUGGGAAUUUCCCCCCUUUUAUACCCCCUUUGCCUCCUCCAAGACCUACCCGACUCCUGCCCCCUCAGACAACCAAAUAGCUCAAAGAAGCAGGAGAGUUCCUGGCUAUGGCAGUUUCUUGGUUAUUUGGGGGUUCAAGACAGUAGGUGAGAGAUGCUGUCAGGAGAUAUCUUCCUCAUACCAAAGUCACUGGUCCUUUCUUAGCCUCUCUUGUGUUCUUUUCCUAAUGACCAUGUUUUUGCCAAAAAUUGGGAUAUGUGGUCUGACAGAGUGCAGAGUAUUUGAAGUUUGGGCUGCUGUGGCAGUCCAAGCUUGGUGGUCCAACCCUCACCCCAUCUGCUGCACACAGACGCAGUGAUGUAAUUCAGCUUUCAGCAUCCUUGCUCCCCUGCCUUCCUGACUUGAUCACAGGAAGGCUUGAGAAGGCACAGAGCCCUUAUACCUCAUUUCUUCUGACAGAAGCACCCAGGUGAGGCCCCAUCACAGCCUCAUGAGUGGGGAAGCGGGUAUCCUCAUUGCCAUGGUACUAAAGGGUGGAAGAGCCUGGAAUUUUUGCUUCUAUCUUGGCUUACUGUUCUUCCAUAUCAUCUCGGGCCUGGUGAUCUAGUGAUUCUCAUUCCUCUCAGCCAAAGUCCUGCCCUGGGUUUUGUCUUUAUUUUUUAAGCACUGCUUGCCAGAGAUGGGCCUGGGACUGAAUCAGGAGCCCCUCACAUACGUUCCUUUUUAUAGCUCAUGGACACAUUCCUCAUUGGGGUAGGGAAGGCAGGCAUGGUGUGUGGCCCUCUUCAGAGAAGUUUGUGGUCCCUCAGUAUGGGAUAUGGUGGCACAGGCCCACUUUCUGUGGUCCCCUGCUUCUCCCAGUCCCCUGGCACUUGAGAGAAGAUACUGCCCAGGUGGAGCUGGCUGCCUCUGAGGCUGUGAGAAGAGUGCAGGUCUGGGCGUCCCUCCAGUGUCCUCCCACUCAAAAACAGCGUAGGUGGCACUCCCACUGCUCCAUUUGUGUUGUGUUUGUGGUUCUGUUAACCCCUCGAUCUGUUGCUAUUUUUGUGUUGUCCCCCCUCUGCAUUUUGUAAAAUGGCUCCCAGUGGAGUGUCUGCUCAGUCUAUGCCCUCUCGCCCUUGCUCCACUAGUUUUUGAAAGAAAGUGGUGGCAGAGCUGUGGUGGUUGGGGUCUUUUGUAUGGUUGGAUUAAUAAAAUGACUUGAAAAUCCCAA